CCUGUUUUUGAGCAGAAAUAGUGGGGGAGAGAGAAGAGAAGAGAGCACUUUAUUAUCCUCCAAACUAUACAAUCCCUUGCUUGUUUCAGCUUUAUAUUUAUUCUCUACCUGCUUUCAACAUCUUCUGAAAAAUCUCCUGUGGCUGUGGCUGUGGCUGUGGCUGUGUGCCUGUGAAAAAGAUGCCCCUCCCUCCCUCAUGCCCUCAUCUCUCUUUCUUUUAUGUUUAAACCGAAUAACUUUGCCAGAUUUGUAGAGAUCUUCUAUCGCUUUCUAGCUCUUCUCUGACUCUCAUGAGGACUGCGAUCUUUCCUCUUCCCUGCCUUUAUUGCAGCUCCUAAAAAAAUAAAAUAAAAUAAAAGACAUGGCAGCUGAAGCUGAUCACCGUGGAAGCACUGGAUGCUUUAUAGGUCAAUUUUCAUGCACGGCCAGUCUCAAUGGAGCUAUAUGGUGUCGCAGAAAACCGGUUUGGGAGAAAAAGAAACGGGUGGAUGGAUCUCUGAUUGCCAUAAAAUUAAGAAUCUCCAGGCUGGUUGAUAGCAUUGACAGCCGCCAUGGCAUCAGCCGCCUAACCUUACUGCUUUCUAUAAUAGCCACGGCCUCUUCGUCAAGGGCUGAUCUGCACCUGAACGACGACACUUUGCCACCAACAAUCUGCCCACUGGAGUUCCUACAAAACCAUGCAUAUACCUGUUGGCUCAGAUCCAUUAAUGAAGGAGGCAUCACAGUUAUUAUUGACAGUACCCUGAUUAGGAAAUCGUUCCUCGCCAUCCACACUUCUCAACUGACAGAGACAAUUAAGGAGACAACCUCAGCACACUUUCCCACUCAACUAUUCAGCACCUCUCCCAACCAUUUUCCAAACCCGCAAGACCCGACCUUCGAGUGACGUAACCCGCAUUAGAAGCAAACCAAACAGCGGUAGCGUGAGGGCGAAAGAAAAGCAUAUGUUCAACGGUUCCCACCAUCCCGCCUGACGCCUGAUUAUUGACAACUAAUCAUUAAGUUUGCUUGUCAUGGAUGCGAUUUAAAGUCCUCUUUUGAAAAAAAUUAAAAAUAUUUUUUGUUUGUUUUAAAUUACUUGUUUUUGAUGUUUUAGAUUAUUGCAUAUAUUAAAAAUAAAAUUUUAAAAAUAAAAAAUUAUUAUUUCCAUGUAUUUUCAAUUAAUCUUUUAUUGCUCUACUAAAAAAACUCAAGUCUUGGUUCAGCCUCCACCUUCAAUCGUUGUUAUCACAUGGGAAUACGCAGUGCAUUUUGAUCAUUGUUCAUCGGUCAAAAGGUUAGAUGCAUUUAUUACACGAGCUGGCUGACCAUAAAUGAAUGGAGAUGUUAGAAUUUUACAGAAAUUUGGCAAGGUAAAGAGUGAUGUUCUUUUUACACUCUCUAGUUCCACGUCCCUUGCUUGCUCUUCCUGUACCAACUCCCUCGUGUUCCUCCACAUUACCCCUUUUAAAGGAGGAGUGUGUGGCUUAGCUCGUCUCCUGUUUGUAUCAGGACUGGAUCUGAAAGUACGAUGAUGCAGGGUUGCAUGUUGCUUUCAGUUUAGCAAACAAGUAGCUUAGGCAUAAGCGAGUCAAUGAUGAACAAAUGUAAUGCAAUGAGUAUUUUACCUUUUCCUCUCUCUAGAUCAGUUCUCUUGCCAGUUGUAAAACUAGCCCAUGCCAGCCCCAGUGUCAUGAAAAAAAAAAAAAAAGGCUGAGACCUGAGGAUUCCGCCAGUCCAAUCGAAGAAAGUGGGUAGACUGUGAUCAUAAAUAUUUUAAGCAUUAAAUCUCUCCACCUCGUGGCCUGAGCCUUUAAAGCGUACGUGGUUGGAACUUGGAGCUAGUUUAUGGGCUACAUGGCUUGUUCCCACUUCCCACCCACACCCUCUAUUUAUUAUUUAAGCCCUGUGUUGUGUUUGUUUCUCUCUACAAAAUUGGGCGUCCAUUAUUUUAUUAUUAGCUACCAGUAAAUGCAUUGCCUGUUUCCAUGCUAGUAGCAGUCGGCAUUAAGUUAGAGAUAAAUUAAGAGGGAGAUAGGACUGGUCCCAGCCGACUAUGUAUCCCCUCAAUUACUAGCAUCAUUUUGUGUUGCAUUCUUGCUGGAUUGAUAGCGGAUCCUUUGAGAUGAAGGGACCUGACUUUUAUCACUUGAAAUUGUGGUGGCUAAUGUGUAAGGAUCCCACAAUAACUGGGUUAUAAUAAGCGCAAGGAUCUGACAACAACUAGCAUAUAUAAAAUAAGGCAGUUCCUGGGGGUGAUCAAGGCACAGGGUGGAAGUACAAUGGAAGUUGAUUUUAUAUUGUUCAUCGGAUUCAUGGGGCGUGUGUUUUGCUGUCGUCUUUCGCAUCUUUCCAAACAUUUCCUAGCACUACAUACGAGAAUGGCUUUUUGGCUUUGGAAAUAAAAUCUGCUGCCACUAACAACUAAUGGUGUUUAUUUCCAAGUAUCUUGUUGAGCUCUCAUGCUGCUACUGCUGCUGCUGCUGCGUGUGUGUUUAUAUAUAUAUGCGCACAUGGUUUAGGGAUUGCAUGUGUACAUGCACGCGUCUAUAACCGGCCAUUUGAUUGAUUUCGAAUUAAAUAAAAAAAAUGCAAUCAUUAAUAUUUUUUAAAUCCAUCGCCAUCUAAAAAGAGCAUCAGGGUUUUCAACUGGAACAAACCUUUCGCUCUUAUAGAUUCGCAAAAACAACCUUAAUUACAUGUGCCUUGUUUUGUCUCUCUUGCUGUGAUACAUGCACAUUGACAAAGAAAUUAAAGGAGAUCACUAGACGUUUCAUAUUUUACUAUUUAUAUCAUUGUUAACGGGGGCAAAUUUACUUUCCAACUAAAAAUUUUUCAAUUCUAGUUAUUGAACUUUAUUUUUUUCAAUUUUAUCCUUAGAAGUUAUGUUAUCAUGAUUUAUAUAUAUUUAUUUAUUUUUCUUGAAUUGUAUGCUAUCAAGGGUCUGAGAUGUCAAAUAAUAUUCUAAUGAAAGGUCGAUUUUAUUUUAUAUAAUUUUUAGUUGUCAUAAAAGAAAUUAAAACAGUAGGGAACAAGCUUAACAUGAACAAAAAAACACAUCCUUUUUCCUAUCUUAAUUCAAUCCUAAAUUGUAAUUUUUUUAACGUUUAACUCCUAGAUCAUGAGAGAAAGGGGGAGGGGAGGGGAGGAUUCAAUUGGCCACAAUCCAGUGCGAAAAAAGAAACAAUUUUCAUGUUUAUGAGUUCAUAUUGAAGAGAUGAGUUCAUUGGAGAUGAUGCUUUUCCUUGAUCAUGUAAAAAUGAAAAAAAGUAGACUGAAGCCUAUGAAGUUUAUUUAAAUUUAGUUUGAUUUUUGGUUUUUAGGGCGCUUAUAGGACUUUUUGUUUUUGAAAAUAGAUUUAUCAAAGUUUUUAGAAUGUGUUUUUAAAUGUUUUUGGAUCAAAAUAAGUUAAA